ACAAGAUGGAGUGGAAAACACGCUCUUUUCAGCCCAUCCAAAAACUCGGAAGAAACAAAACAAAUGAACUCAGUAACUGUACUCAGGCCGGGAGCCGCUUCUCUUACCAGAAGUUCAUAAAAAAGCAGCCAUGGCGUCUGCAGCGGCUCUUCAUUUCCCUACUCUCAGUCGCUUCAACCUCCCAAAACACCAUUCACGGAGGAACACCAGAACCGAACUGUUUCCGUGGCCUCUAAGCAUUUCCCAACAACCGUUGAAGCUCUUCCCGCCACAUUUUUCUGGGACCCAGAGAAGAUUAAACGGCAUUCGCUCUGCUGCAUACGUAUCUGCUCCAGCUUUUGAUCCGAAUAUUAGCGGUGAAAAUCCCAAGGUUGAGGAUUCGAAUCCAAUAAUUACUGCUCAAUCACCAACCGCGAUAAACUGGGGUGUCAUUUGGAGCCUAUUGCUUCGGCACAAGUUAAGACUUGUAGUUUCAGUUGUUACACUCGUGGGUUGCACGACCUGCACUCUUUCCAUGCCUAUAUUUUCAGGGCGAUUUUUUGAAGUACUUAUAGGGGCAAGACCAGAGCCCUUAUGGGAAUUGCUCAGCAAGGUUGGAAUUUUGUACAUAAUGGAGCCAAUUUUCACGAUUAUUUUCGUUAUAAACAUGAAUAUGAUCUGGGAGAAGGUGAUGGCAGCCCUAAGAGCCCAGGUUUUUAGAAGGAUAUUGAUUCAGAAGGUGGAGUUUUUUGAUCGAUACAAGGUUGGUGAACUGAAUGGUUUGUUGACAUCUGAUUUGGGAUCUCUUAAAGAUGUUGUGAGCGAAAACAUCGCAAGGGAUCGUGGGUUUAGAGCACUUUCUGAGGUUGUGGGAACCAUAUGCAUACUGUUUGCACUAUCUCCCCAGCUUGCUCCAAUUCUGGGACUACUGAUGCUUUCUGUGUCUGUUUUAGUUGCUGUAUACAAGCGCUCAACUGUACCUGUAUUCAAAGCAUAUGGGAUGGCCCAAGCAUCCAUAUCUGAUUGUGCAACUGAAACGUUUUCAGCCAUCCGUACUGUGAGAUCUUUUGGUGGUGAAAAGCGUCAAAUGUCAAUGUUUGGUAAGCAGAUUCGUGCUUACCAGAGCAGUGGCAUGAAGCUUGGAACUUUCAAAUCUUCUAAUGAGUCUCUGACUAGAGUAGUUGUUUAUAUUUCUUUGAUGGCCCUGUACUGUCUUGGAGGGAGCAAAGUAAAGGCAGGUGAACUUUCUGUUGGAACUGUGGCUUCAUUUAUUGGAUACACUUUCACAUUGACUUUUGCUGUUCAAGGAUUUGUUAACACACUUGGUGAUCUUCGUGGCAGUCUUGCUGCUAUUGAGAGGAUUAAUUCUGUUUUAUCUGGGACUGAAAUUGAUGAAUCCCUUGCUUAUGGUUUAGAAAGAGAACUCAACAAAAAUGAAGUGGAUGAUGACAAUCUCCGAUUAUUCUAUGCCAAUGGUUCCACUGAGAACAAUCAAGCUCUAAAUACUCAUUACAUGACAGCUUUAAAAUCAAUUAAUAGUGGGUGUGCUCUAGCUUGGUCUGGCGACAUUUGUCUUGAAGAUGUGUACUUCUCUUAUCCUUUGAGGCCCGAUGUGGAAAUAUUAAAUGGUCUUAAUUUAAAGCUAAAAUGUGGAACUAUAACAGCUCUAGUUGGUCCUAGUGGUGCAGGAAAAAGUACAAUUGUGCAGCUACUGGCACGUUUCUAUGAGCCAACAAGAGGUCGCAUAACAGUUGCAGGUGAGGAUGUAAGAACUUUCGAUAAGAGUGAAUGGGCCCGAGUUGUCUCCAUAGUGAAUCAGGAACCUGUUCUGUUCUCUAUGUCUGUUGGAGAAAAUAUUGCAUAUGGGCUGCCAGAUGAUAAUGUCUCAAAAGAUGAUGUGAUUAAGGCGGCCAAAGCUGCAAAUGCUCAUGAAUUCAUAAUUUCUCUUCCACAGGGUUAUGACACUCUUGUUGGUGAACGCGGAAGCCUGUUGAGUGGUGGACAGAGGCAGAGAAUUGCCAUUGCCAGGGCUCUGCUCAAGAAUGCUCCUAUUCUGAUUCUUGAUGAGGCAACAAGUGCUUUAGACACAGUUAGUGAGCGCCUGGUUCAGGAGGCUCUUACCCAUCUGAUGAAAGGAAGAACCACAUUGGUGAUUGCUCAUAGGUUAAGCACUGUCCAGAAUGCACAUCAAAUUGCUCUUUGUUCAGAUGGGAAGAUUGCAGAACUAGGCACCCAUUUUGAAUUGUUGUCUAGGAAAGGCCAAUACGCUUCAUUAGUUGGUGCCCAGAGGCUUGCAUUUGAAUGAAGCAGAAGGAAGAUUAUAAAUUUAUGCUCAUGAUGGCGAAUCAGCAUGGAAAUGAACUUCUUGCCAUUUAUGAGAGCAGAAGACUCGGGAUAGAGGUUUCAGAAGGGAUAAUUGCAGUUUUUAUUGGAUAAAAUCACUUUCAUGCUGCCAGUAUCUCUGAAUUAAGUGCAUGGGGGUUUCAUCAGAACUUUGUUGUGUAUUUGGUUGGUGAACAAUUAACAAAUAAUACACAAUUGCACCCCAAAACUCAAUUGAUGACCUUGGGAGGCAUUUACAAUGUGUUCUUGCAUACUUAAUUGGGGGCUGAUACUUGUAAGUGCUGCACUUUCCCUUUCUCUUGUGGACAAUGCCGCAAUGGGAUUUGUGAAUUGUAAAGACAAUUUAGACUCAUUGUUGUAUGAAAACCAAUUAAAUAAAUGGUUUAUACUUUCUUUUCCCUUUC